AUGACAAAUCAUCAUCAUGCACUGGUAGUAGUCGAGUGCAAUGUUAUCGUUAAUAGCAACGGAAAUGGAUCAUCAGUAUUGCCAAAUGCCGAUGAAGAGGAUAAGGGAAACUUUAUUGAAGACAUAUUUAGCAUUAUGUUUGGACCGGUAGCCCAAUUGUUUAGCGGUAAUUCAGGUAAAUGUGCCAUUUAUGAAGGUUUUCCGGGCACUUGUAAGGGUAAUCCGUUUAACUGUCCAAAUCUGGCUACGGGUACUAAAUCUAAAUGCAUAUAUGGUUUGAGUCAAGUGGGCACCUGUUGUCCAAAUCAAAUGUACAAAGACAUGAUACCGUUACCUAAGCUGUCAGUCCCCUGCGGUAUACGGACUCCGUAUGGCAUCAGAGGCCGAGUAGACGGCGAACUGGAAAGUAAUGAUUGGGAUAACGAUGGCUAUAACGAUACAAUAGACGACAACUCCCUAAACGAAGUGGACGUCGGCGAUGACGAUCCACCGAAACCGUCGUUUUUUAUUGUUGGCGGCAAAGAAGCGGUUCCCAUGUCGUGGCCGUGGGCCGUACAGAUACAGUUCAAGAGUCCGCGCACCGGUAACUUUACCCACAUAUGUGGCGGCACUAUUAUCAACGAAUGGUAUGUCAUGACUGCUGGCCAUUGUUGUCUGAGUUUGAAUCCCAGAGAUUUCAAGCUGAAAAUCGGUGCCUACCGUUUGAAGGACAGGGGCGAAAUCAAGGACGUGGAUAAGAUUGUUGUACACGAAGGUUACAGUAGUUCCCGUCACCAGAACGACAUUGCACUCUUCAAGUUCAAGAAUAAGAUCAAUUGGCGAUCGGGUGUCGCACCUAUAUGUUUGCCAUCGAUGGAUAUGCAAAAAAUGGAUUUGACUGGACGCAAGUCGAUGCUAAUCGGUUGGGGAACCACCAGUUUCGGUGGUAAAGUGUCCAACGAUUUGCGCGAAGUAGACGUACCUAUUGUUACGAAUGUCAAGUGCAGCGAAGCUAAUGAUCAUAUUUUUUCGGGCGCCGACCGUAUAUCGGAAAAACAAUUGUGCGCCGGCUAUGAUGAGGGCGGUAAGGAUACCUGUCAGGGAGAUUCAGGCGGACCACUACUGGUACCGUUCAACGACAGAUGGGUACAAAUGGGUGUCGUUUCCUAUGGCAAUGGCUGUGCUAAACCUAAAUUUCCCGGAGUCUAUACCCGUGUUUCCUAUUUUGUUCCCUGGAUUGCACUUAACAUACAAAAAGAUUUUAAUCAAUCGUCAAAUUAA